AUGUCGUCGCCCCCGCCGCCCAGAGAAAUAGGACAGGAGGAUGACGAGCCGGGUAGCACAUGCAGGGGCGGUAAGCGGCAAAAACUGCCGUGGGCCAAGAGGCUCAAGAAGGCCAUAACCUACGACACGGACAUAAAAAUCGAUCUCGGAGGCCACCUCUCCGACCUGGUGCAGGGUGUUGCGAUCGAAUACGACCACCGGAAGAUAGGUCAGGAGCUGAACGAGCUCGGGGCCGAGUAUGCGGAGGGAAAGAGUGGUCAUCCCCUGGAGGAGAGAUCCCUGUUCACGCUCACGGGCAAGGCGGGCAAGGCAGGGCUCACGACGGAGCAUCGUCUCUCGAUUGCUGCAGCGAGAUCGAAGCCGGAGUUGGGACGGUUCAUCGCCGACAUCGAACGCUCUGCACCCGCGGGCCUUAAGAACGAGACGGUACAGGUCCGUAUGAUGCCCAGAUCUACGGGUGUUGGCAUGACCGCCCACAGAGAUGGCAUCGCUCUGAGCUACGACAGAGUGGUCUUCACGAUCCACACGGAGUAUACCGCAGCCCCCGCACAAUUCUUCUGCAAGCUCAUGUCGACAGCAGACGCCAGGCCGGAUCGGGGCCCAUACGAAAAGGAACAGCGAAACAUCCAAAAAGUCAACGGUCUUGUACUGGUCCAGGGUCCGAAGGCUCGGGGUGAAGAAACACGAGUCGUUCACGGCGUCACAGGCGGGGGCGGAGGGGCGAUCACGGCCAUACUGGACUAUGCGACGUCUAGAAUCGAUGAGAGUCCUGUGACAGAGGCGGACCGCGACCAUGCUCGGAAAUCGGUGGUGACGUCACUCGCUCGCGAUCCAGACCCGCCUCGACCUGUUGCCAACACCUACGCGAACACCUGUGAAUUCCCGGCGGACGCCCCGCGUUCAUCUGGUUCGCGCAGGGGGACGGAAGCCAACAAUGCCAUGGUACCGAACGGAAGGGGGGGAUUGGAGAAGAGGGCGGUGCAAAAAGAACGCGAUGCCUUAAGAGCGAGCAACUGGUGCAUGGUUGGAUUGAGCCUAUUUCCCCUGCCCGUCGUGCGCGGCCGGGACGCUCUACGGCCGCGAAAAGGGGGGCGACGGCAGAUCCCUCUCUUGGAACAAGGGGCUUCUAUUCGCCCCGCCGACACCUCGGCGCAGUGGACCGACCCCGCUGUCGAAGAACCCCUCAGGGCAGAGCCAACAACGUGCUCCAGCUGUGAAGAGCUCAGAGAGCUUUCGCUGUUCUUCUACGGUGGGGGGACGCGCAGAGUGGUGGUACUGGACCACAUGGUUGGCGGCGAAAGUGGCGGAGUGAGAUGCAACAAGUACGCCAACAAACCCCGUGGCGUGUUCAUGUCUAGCGACGAGAAGGUGAAAACGAUCACCAAGGAUGGCCUCCUCAAGGCAGUCAGGAAGAGGCGAAGAGGGUGGCCAAAAAGGCGUCGGGGGGAAAUUAGUUCAGUAGGGUGGCCGGUGUUGCCCUGUCGACAGUUGAGACAGAUGGGUCGCGCGUUUUGA